GGGCGCCAGCGCGCGCAGCCAGGGCGGUGGCGCGCCUCGCGGCGUCAAGUGGAAGCUGCUGCAGGCCAACUGGGCCUUCCAGAGCCGGCAGUUCUUCGCGACGAGCACGCUGCACGGCGUCCGCUACAUCGCCGAGAAGGGCCGCCCCUACCACGAGCGCCUGCUGUGGUUCAUCUCGACGACCGGAGGCCUGAUGGCGGCCCUCGUCAUCGUCGACUCGCUCUGGGACAAGUUCCAGACCAGCCCCACCAUCACGGGCCUCGACACAGACUUCCACAACUGGGACGUGCCCUUCCCAGCCGUCACCCUCUGCCUCCAGGACCCCGCCAACGAGACCCUCCUCGAGGCGUACCUCAAAGAGAAAUGGCCGGACGCCGACGAGGCUAAGAAGGAGUACUACACGGGCUUCCUCAAGGCCGUGACCAACACCUCCUUCGAGUCGUUCCAUAACCUCCUGCCGUACCUGAACGACACCUCCCUGCCGCAGAACAACCUGCGCGAGCUCUCAUAUCAGCUGGUGAGCGGGUGCUCCGCGUUCACGGACUGCGCGUACAAGCAGACCAUCGAGGACGACCGUCGCGACUGCUGCUCGCUGCUGUGGCCCGUCUACACGGAGCACGGCUUCUGCCACGCCUUCAACCUCAACUACACGGCCCUCGACUACCCCGGGGUGAAGGAACGGCCGAAGCCGUUCAUAGAGAACCUCAUCGAGGAGACGGACGCUCGCUGGUCCUUCUCGUUCGACACGGAAGAUCCCAUCAACAACACCGUUGCGGUGUUCAUCACCGCCGCCAACGCCUUGCCCGGGGCAGACGUGAAUCCCCAACACAUUUGGAACAAGCGCGUGUCCAAGCUCAUGUUUGUCCCCAAGAUGACGUACACCGUCGAUGACGCCAAGCAGCUGUCGAUCGCGCAGCGGGGCUGUGUGUUCUGGGACGAGAUCAAGCUCAAGAUCGACCCCAUCUACACGCACUCGUCGUGCAUGCGACAGUGCCGCAUGGACGCCAUCCUGCGCCUGUGCGGCUGCCUGCCCUUCUUCUACACCCUGCUACCGAAACAGCGACACUGCAGUCUCCCAGAGCUGAAGUGCGUCAUUGAUCACUUAGCCGAGCUACACACCUUCAACCUGACCUGCCCGUGCCAGCUGGGCUGCGAGCACACCGUCUACGACAUGGAGAAGCCGCACGAGGCGGGCGGGGACGAGGGCAAUGGCGAGGCUGCCGGUGUAGAGGUCGGCUUCUUGUCAUGGCCGCUGACUCGGUUCAAGCGGGAGGUGCUGUUCGGGCAGGUGGACCUUCUGGUCGCGAUCGGGACCAUCGCGGGCCUCUUCCUGGGCUUCAGCCUGCUCAGCGGACUGGAGAUCAUCUACCUCUUCACGCUGCGUGCCUGGUGCAUGCUGCACACCGACCGCGAGUACCUGGAGGACCUCGCCAACGAGUACGAGAGGAAGGAGAAGGAGCCCGUGGACCUGUCGCUGCGCCCGGCCUUCAUCAAGGGCGGCCAGGACGCCGUCGGCCAGGUCGACGUCGAGGCCGCCCCGAGGCUCCAGGACCUGCCACCACCCCUCGGCCCGCCCAUGUGGAAGAGCACAGUCGCGACGGCCAGGAUGAACCAGAAGGGCAUGUACGCCUACCCCUACGGGCCGUAUGGAAACUGAAAGAAAAUAAAACCUUUAGACCUUUUUUUCGA